GUGAGAAGAUACAGCGAGGGAGCUCCGUGUCAAAGGCAACACAGCCAAAGCACGUCAACUCAUCUCAAUGUCAACAAACCAGCGGAAGGAAGCAUCGCUGAGGAAAGACGCAUACGUGGCCUUAUUAUUGCACCAUUUCCUCACCGCUGAGUGGCUAAAUUUCUUCUAUCAUGAUCGAAUCGUGCUCCAAGAAGCGAAUGGUUAUUGCCAUUGCAUGUCUCAUUGGUCUGUCUGUGCUGGUCCUCAUCGUGGAAAAUGAGCUGACACCAUCUGACACACGGCCCCACACACACACCACAGCACAACCCAACACCACCCUGAAAGAACUUUGUUGGAUAAGAGAGGAGGUGCAGGAGUUGGAGGAAUGUCAGCCAUGUACUGCUUUUGAAACCACAAGUGGUAAUCCAUCAGUGUGCAGCUCAGCAAAGUACCGCCAGAAAAUAAACUGCAGUAAAACUGGAGAAGUCUUCCGCAAGUGUGACCGUGUUGUGUGGUUGGAGGAGCGGCACUUCUGGACCUUUGAGGCAGUGAUGGCACUAUUGGGGAUGGCUGCUGGCUUGGCUACCAUGGCCAGGCAGAAGAUUCUUGACCACAGGGUUGUUCAGCGGAUACAGCGACAGGUUGCAGCAGGAGUUUGAUUAUAGGUAUCGAUGAUAGAAGCAGGUAUAUAAUACAUUAUUAUUGUGGUAUUUUGUAUAUUCAGAGUUGUGAAACUUUAGGAGUUGUGUAAAAUGAAGCAUGUAUGAAGAAGAAUGCUAAAAUCCAAUCUAUAUUACAUAGUUUCACCUUCAUUCAUCAUCAUUACUCUGAGAGAUAUGUAUCAUAAUGUUACUAUGCUGAACUCUUCCACUUUCUCAUCAUUACCAUUACAUACAGUAUCAUCUAGUCACAUAUGUACAUGAAAGCUUUCUAAUAGAUCUAGUUACUGGACAGCAAUGGAUGGAUGCAUUUUCAAGGGGGGUGUACAUGUAGGAUAUGGGUAUAGUACAAUCAUAAAUCAUGCCUCAUAAAGUGAUAUUCCUGUGUUAUGUGUGUUGAGACUCAUGGAGUAUUGAUGCUUAUUUUACUGAUGGAAUGAAACUUGCUUUAUGUAUAAUGAAGAUCCUCUCAGUAUCCUAUCACUUCCCAGGUUCCGUCAUAUGCCUGUUGUUUUAGAUUUAUACAUAUACACAUAUGCAGUACACCAUCAAUUUUACAUAUUAUUGUGGGGGAAGGGAUGCCUGCUAAUGCCAAAAGUCUGUCAAGUUGAAUGUAUCUGAAGGACUAUUUAUUAAUACUACAUAUUUUUUUUGUU